UUCAAAGCCUGAUUGGCCUUUUGGCGUUUUAGCAUAGGAAGUGCAUGGGUGUGUUUCCGGGGGGGACGGUCUAAAGCUGUAACGACGAGGUUUCCUGAAGUCACCGAAGCUGUUUGUACAUACAUAGGAUGGAGCUGAGGCCACUUUUCAUGUGCUUCGCUCUCUGUGUGGUUUACGCCACCAGCAAACCCACAGAGAAGAAGGACCGUGUUCACCACGAUGAACCCCUCAGCAACCGAGAACACGAUGAUACAGAAAACUUUGACUAUGACCAUGAAGCUUUUCUGGGACAGGAGGACGCUAAGAGCUUUGACCAGCUGACGCCAGAGGAGAGCAAGGAAAGGCUCGGCAUGCUGGUUGAACGUAUAGAUGAUGAUAAGGAUGGCUAUGUGACAGUUGAGGAGAUGAAAAAGUGGAUCAAACAUGCUCAGAAGAGGUGGAUCUACGAUGAUGUGGAUCGACAGUGGAAGAGUCAUGACCUCAAUGGGGAUGGAGUGGUGUCCUGGGAGGAGUACAAGAACGCCACCUACGGAUACAUUCUUGAUGACCCUGACCCUGAUGAUGGCUUCAGCUACAGGCAAAUGAUGGCCCGUGAUGAGAGGAGAUUCAAAAUGGCCGACCACAACAAUGACAUGAAAGCCAACAAGGAAGAGUUUACAGCCUUUCUUCACCCUGAGGAGUAUGACCACAUGAAAGAUAUUGUAGUGCUGGAAACUAUGGAAGACAUCGACAAGAAUGGAGAUGGUUUAAUUGACCUGGAUGAGUACAUAGGUGACAUGUACAACCAAGAGGGAGAUGCCACAGAACCAGAGUGGGUGAAGACAGAGAGAGAACAGUUUUCUGAAUUCAGAGACAAAAACAAAGAUGGGAAGAUGGACAAAGAUGAGACCAGAGACUGGAUCCUGCCCAGUGACUAUGACCACGCAGAGGCUGAGGCCAAGCAUCUGGUCUAUGAGUCAGAUACAGACAAAGAUGGCCGUUUGACUAAGGCAGAAAUUGUAGACAAGUACGACUUGUUCGUGGGCAGCCAGGCAACCGACUUUGGAGAGGCUCUGACUCGACACGAUGAGUUCUAAAAUUCACCUGCCUCCAAAGACUGUGUGUUCCACCUUACUCCUCCAACACUCAAUGGAGUAUUUUAAACAAGUUGAGCUUGCCUAGUCCAGCGCUAUGGACAAUAAUUUAUUUGAUUCAUUGAAUGUCCCAUUGUACACACACUAACAUUUUAAGUAAUGUGUACAUGCUUGGCCAAGUGUGUCCUCACACUCAGCUGUGCGUACGGUUGGGAUAUGUUGCCAUCAUUUCCUCUGCUUCAACACACUACCUUUGUCCAGGUGAAAGAUGAACAGUGUUUAAUGACAAUUUUUCAUAUAUUUUUUGAAAAGUAUUUCUUUCUUUUUUUUAUGAAACCCUCAAAACAAAAAGUUUAGGCUUCCAUUAUACAGAAUAUUUCAUCGCACUAUUUCUUUUUGCAGUGCACUGGACUGUGAAGAGUCAGUCUGAUCGCUAGCCAUUAGAAUUUGUUCUACUCUUCUAAUUAUAAAGUGAGGUCCAACCAGAAAAUGCUAGUUGCUGAUUGAUCAUUUCUUUGGUAAUGCUGGAUUAUAGGAUGUUUGACAAUGAAGACCAUUUGGACUAGUGCAAUACAGGGUCAUCAGAGUCCAUGCUGUGGGCCCCUAAGGCAGCAAGGUUAACACAAGCUGUGGGUCCUACAUAAGGGCAAGCUGUGCUGUGCACUAGCUGAAGGAAUCAGUAUAGACUUAUGGGCUGAUGGAAGCUUUAUCCUUGAAGUUGUCUCUUUUCUUGUUUCUCACCACCUCUGUGUGAAUCUCUGCAUGUUACUUGUAUUCUUGCUGACUGACUCUUUGCCUUCCUCAGUUUUUUUUUUUUAUUAUAUGUUUUGAGGUUUGUUUUUUCUUGGCACAUAAAUGCCUUAGUAGUUCAGCUGAAUUACUAACUCAUUUGUGUGCAAAGCAAAAAUCUUUAUUCUGUUUCUUUAAAAAAAAAAAACAUGUGAACAUGUGCUUCUCCUUAUGUUAUGCUUGUAUUAUCACUGCCACCAUGUAUAACCACUGUUGAUAAUUUUUAUGUAUGUAUAGGAUAAUGUUUUUUUACAGGCUCACUGCAGCAACAAGCCUUUCACUAGUGACUUUACUGUAAAUAAGUUGUUGGUCUGCAAACUGAGCACUCUAACAGUGAGGUCUAGAUUUUGCGAUUGAGAAUAAUGUCUUAAUAAAAACAAAUAAAACAGGA